AUGCUAGUUAAGCGCAACUCAAAGGGACAAAACCCCAUCUCGAAAAUUAAACGUAAUAAUAGAGCUUACACUAAUAAGGCUGAGAUUGCCGAUCAAUUUAAUAAGCAUUUUGUCAAUGUGGGUCAAAACCUGGCCAAAAGAAUUGAUCAUUGUGAUGGAAGUCCGACCCAAUUCAUAAGAUCGACUCCAGUAGCUAGGUUUGUUAUGUCCUGUGUUACUGAAACCCAAGUAUGUUCACUAUUUAAAGGUUUAAAUGAUCAUAAGUCAUCCUUAGAUAUUCCUAAUAAAUUAAUUAAAAUAGCUGCCCAGCCAUUGUCAAUACCUUUAACAUAUAUCUAUAACCAGUCUAUUGAAACUGGAAUUGUUCCUGAUAUUUUAAAAGUCUCACAAAUUUCCCCAGUGUGUAAGGGUGGUGAUGCUACAGAUCCUAGCAACUAUCGGCCCAUAGCUACUCUCUCACCUUUUAGUAAAGUGCUCGAGCGUCUAGUCUAUAAUCAGUUAUAUUCGUUCAUAGAUAAACAUCAAAUCUUGUACAAAUAUCAGUUUGGAUUUAGGAAAGGAUAUUCCACUGAACAAGCUAUUCUUGAAAUUACUGAAAUUACUGACAAUCUGAAGCUAGCUACUGACAAAGGUUAAAUAACAUGUGGUUUAUUUCUCGACCUAUCAAAGGCAUUUGACACAGUAAAUGAUAAAAUACUACUCUCUAAACUAUAUCUGUAUGGAAUUCGGGGUGCACCACAUAAUUGGUUUGAAAGUUAUUUGCACAAUCGAAGACAAUAUGUUAAAAUUGACUCUACUAAAUCUAGCUAUGAAACUAUUACCAGCGGUAUACCCCAAAGCUCUUUUAUUUUUGCUCUAUGUGAACGACUUACCAAACUGUGUCGACAAACUUUCGGUGUGGAGCUUUGCUGAUGACACCAAUUUAUUUUACUCUAGCGACAACUUAAAACAGCUUGAAUCCGUAAUGAAUCAAGAGCUUAAACAACUUUAUAACUACUGUGCUCUAAAUAAGUUAUCUAUUAAUACUGCAAAGACUAAUUACAUGUUAGUCUCAUCAUCUAGGUGCCACCCAACGAUAAAUAUCACUGGUAUUGAACAGAAAGAUUACAUAAAGUGCUUGGGAGUUUAUAUAGAUAAACAUCUCAACUGGCAACCACAGAUACAACAUGUAAAUAAUAAAUUAGCCAAGAAUUUAGGAAUCCUUUCAAAACUAAGACAUUAAAUAGAUCUGAAUAUACUGAAACAAAUUUAUUAUGCUUUAAUACAUCCGUAUUUGAGUUACGGUAUUCUUGCUUGGGGCUGUGCCAGCAAAACCAGAUUAGAUUGUCUUCGUAUUAA